UUUAUUUUUUUUUUUUUGCGCGCUUUUUACCAAUUUCUUUCGUUGCUUUGCAGUUAUUUUUGCUGUUGCAUUAGUUUCACGUGUUUUCAUAUUUGUCGCACUCCAUUCUUAAAGGACGACCAUGCCGGACCGGAAGCUGCGCAAAAAGAAAACCGUUGAAAAAUCGGAGUCGACUUAUUGGCGUACAAUGAUGCACGAUGAAAAAUACGCCGACCAGGUGGAUGCAGCGCAAUUGGAUCUGAUUGAGGAUUUGAACGAAGAUUUCUUUGGCAUAUCGUACGAGCUGGUGCAGCAUCUGGUGCCUUUAAAUACCUUUGUGGCCAGCAAGGUGAAGCGCUUCGUGGACAUUUUGGCCAGAUUGCAUGCAUACUACGUGGACGAGGUGGAAGCUGCCAAGGACACGCAGGCGAAAGUCGAUGCCGCAAAUACAAAGCUACAGCUCGCCAUUGAGGCGUCUGCCGAUUCACAUAAUUUGAUGAAGCGACUGCGCGAAUCGUUGGCCGAGGCCUGGCGCACAGCCGAUGCGGUCGAAUAUCGCGAGGCCCUGGCGCGGAACACUCAAGUGGACUAUACCACAAAGGAAAAUCAUGCCAAGAUAUUGCAAUCCAAUGACAAUCGUUAUACCAAGGAUAUGCGCAUACGCGGUGUUGUCUUUCGGGAACGGGAUCGUCUGGCCAGAGAGCUGAAAGAAUACCAAAAGCGCCUGGAAACGAAUCGCUUCUAUGCCGCUUCCCUGGAGGCCAUCAUUUUAGAUCAUCGCACUACGAUUAAGUCUCAGCAACAUCGCGUUAAGCAGCUCGAAUCGGAUUUAUAUGGCCUAGAGCACAAGAAACGUCAAAUUGUGGAGGGCCUGCAGGAUAAGGUCAUCAGUCAGCGCAAGGAACUGGAGUAUCUGAAUGCAGUGAAUCAGGAUAUGCACGUUUUUGAGAACAAAUUUCAUGAGACCUCGACCCUUAAUAAUAAUCUAGGACAGGCAAUCGAUCGGCUCUCGCAUGAGAACUACAAUUUGAUGAAGAUCAAUCAUCAAAUGGACGAGGAGCAACGUUACACCAAUGCGGUACUCAAAAAUUUGGAAUCCACCAAUAAAGCGCUGCUGCACAAAAAGGAUGAAUUGGAGCGAGCAAUUCGACUAAGUCACAACGAUAAGAAAAAGAAAGCCGAAAUCUAUAUGCUGCUCAAUCGUCGAUUCCAUCAGCUGUCCAAGAAGAACGCCGAAUACGCUGAGCAGGAGACGUACAUAAAUAACGAGCUGACUGCGCUCGAAAAGAAACUGUUGGUGACCAACGGGCAACUGGAGGAUAUGAUACGGCAGAAGGAGGAUAUCACACGGUCUUAUAAAAAGUUGCAAACGGAGAUGGUAAAUCAUAACGAUGCGAUGGCUGUAUUGCGGCACGAUCUGGUCGUGCAACGCAAUCGUAUGCAGGAUGUGCAAAUCCAGCUGGGUCGGGCGAACAAAAUGUUGGACGACAAGGAUAUAAAAAUACAUAAGAUAAAGAGGGAGGUCAACGAGCUGCAGGUAGAGGGCAAUGAGCUGAACAAGACAAUCGAGUCAUUGGAAGGGAAAAUGGCACGAAAGACGGAGAAACUGGCGGAAGUUAGGGAGCAGCUGGAACAUAAGCACGAGAGCUAUCUGAAGGCCAAAAAACAAAUGGAAUUUGUGCACAACGAGAAGAUAAUGCUGGAGAAGAAUCUGGACAUGUGCGGCCGGGCGAGGCAGAGAUUGGAGGAUAUCAAUGGCAAGCUCAGCUUUCAGAUCAAUCAAUUGUGCCAGCAAUUGGCCACCAACGAGAAGGAAAUAGUCAUGCAAAAGAAUCGCAUCGAUCAGCUGGACAAUCUGGUGAAGCACAAGCAGAACGAGAUUCAUGCCAAGGAUCGCCAGCUGGAGCGCAUGCGCACCGAUCUGACCGAGAUGAAGAUGCAUGGGGAGCAGCUGCAGCACACCAUCGAGCAGGAUGAGAAGCGUUUCAAACAGAUCACCAUCAGCCUGGACGAGGUCAACAAGGAAAAGACACUGGUCGGCCAGCAAAUGGUACGACGAAACGGCGAGCUGCGCGUCCAGCAGGAACGGCUCGCCAUGAUGCAGCUGGCAAUCAAGCGCGGCACCAUGCAGUACAAUCAGCGGGUGGACGAUAUACGACUGCUCAAAACGGAGAUCACCAAUCUGUCCAUGUCCAACGAGUGCUUGCGACGUGCCCUCAACGAUACGUCCAACAUGCGCCACGAGGUUGUGCGGCUCGAGCGUCAGCUCAAUCGUGAACGCCUGCACGUGGCCGCGUUCACGGAGGAGAUGAAGUAUCCAUAUCGCAUACAUCGCUGGCGUGUGCUAAUCGGCAAGGAUCCGUGUAAAUAUCAAUUGAUACGCAAAAUACAGGUGCUGCUCAAGCGCAACAUACGGCUCAGCGUGGAGCGUGGCAAUAUGGAGCGUCGGGUGCAGGAUAUACAGCGACUAUACGAUACGCUCAAGGAGCAGCUACAGCAUAUGCCCGAUCCCGAUACGGUGAAGCGUCUCUGGCUGCAGCAGCAAAUCAAUCAGCGGCAGCGCCGCAAGGUGAAGGCGAUGCGAGCCGAGCUGGCCAUCAAUGAGAUUGAUCUGAAGUCGCGGGAAUUCAUCAUUGAUGAGUUUCAGCAGGUGAUCCAAAAGGAGCAACUGCUGCAGCAGCCCAACACAGCGAUCGAUCAGCUACUUAAAAUAGUCUCCGUAUCGCGCAAAGGCCGUGCCCACAAGCACCAGCAGGUCUUCCACAUGGGCUCCAGCGAGCUUUGCGGCGACUUUGCAUACUCCACCGCUUGAAAGGAAAGCCAACGACUGUAGCUUUUAGCUGGUAUAUGUGCAUUUAUUUAGGCGAUCCUCUAGAGCAACGUGCUGAUCACCUUGAAGCCGGCUCCCAGGGUGCGUGGCAGCUGCGCCGGUGCCGAGUAGCAAUGCGCCUGCAUCUGCUCCCAUAGUUGACGCUCCUCCAGAAGCUUCUGUUUGCGUCGCUUCUCCUCCAGCAGCUGCGUCUUGGUCUGCGCCAGGCUGCCGCGCAGCUCAACCAGCUGCUGGGCGUUGCAUUUCUCGCCAGCCUCCCGGGCACUCAGCUCGGCCAUGAGCACCUUUAGCUUCCGAUCCUUGGCGGAUACGCAGGCCUGCAGGCGAAACAAGGCCACAAAAGCGGCAGAAUACGAAGAUAUGUAAACUAUUAUUUACUACGAACAGAUUAUAUUUUUAAUAUGAA